AUGACGAUCGAUCCGUAUACACCAAGUUUCGCUGAGCGACGCGGCUCUGCUGAUGCCCAUCCCACCAAGGCUCUCGUGCCCAUCUCCUCCAAUGAGCAGCUGCAGCGCCAUAUAAACAGUGGCAGUACGAAUGCAGAGGAUGCAACCAACUUUUGGAAGGAUCGGUUCCGUCGCCACGCAGGGCAGCAGCCGGUAAUACACUGCUUCCCCCAGCAGUACAACUGGCCCCGUUCCGAGACUGCCAUCGUUGUCCCGAAUGAUCUGCUCAAACAGGCUCGUGGGCUAUGCGACCGCUUCAGACUCCGCUUUGACGACUUUUUAUACGGUACCUGGGCCAUUGUUGCCGCUCAGCAUGCACCCUCUUCGACGGCGAAGGCCGCCGCGAUCUUCACCAUACCGAGCCACAGACAAACCAGAACCCCUCAGAGUGAACAAUAUAUCAUCACCGAGGAUAAAAAAGACUUAGUACCGCUUGUUCUAUCUUUCUCCAAAGAUAUGUCUGUUCUUUCAUAUCUUCGUCAUGUUGCCGAGGUUGUGCACCAGUCCGCAGCAGCUAGCUUCCUGAGUCAUGAGGAGAUUCUUCGACUCGCUGGUGCCUCCCGGCCCCAAGUCAAGCUCAGUGUCGACUGCAAGGGCCCGAGCCUUGUCCAAAACCACGUCAUGUCCGCUGACGACGAGUUCCCUCUCGUCAUCAAUAUUUCCACGUCGCCACUGUUCGUGAUGAGCAUGCGCCACAGCGCGGACCUCCCCAAGCUCGACGCUCGCUUGAUCCUCGAGCACUUCACCGCCACCCUACAAAAUGUUACCGAGAACCCCAAGCAAAGACUGUCAGAAGUACGCAUGAUUUUACCUGUCGAAGAGUUUCUUCUGAGCGAGUACGGAAAGGCCGCUGUACCAGCACAGACAGGCCUGCUGCACCAGCUUGUCGAGACACAGGCGCUCAACACUCCGCACGCAGAUGCCGUACAGUUUGAGGACGACGAACCCAUCUCAUAUUACACACUGAAUCAGCGCGCAAAUCAACUUGCACGAAACUUACUGCAAUAUAGACCCAGAGUUGUGGCAGUGCACAUGCGCACCUCUGCCGACUUUAUAGUCUCUCUCCUCGCCAUUCUGAAAGCUGGCGCUGCGUACGUCAUUCUCGAUGUCGACGCCGCACAAUCUCGCAAAGCCUUUAUGGUCGAGGACGUCGCCGCUGACUUUCUCCUCGUGGACGAAACUACACGCGGGCAGUUCCCUGCCGAACACGACAUUGGUCAAGUCACCAUCGUAUCCCGCCAGUACGACGCCAGCAACCUCUUCCUCGCUCAGGAACCAACCGAUAUCGCGUACAUCAUCUACACUUCUGGUUCCACCGGCCGACCCAAAGCAGCCCUGCUAGCUCACCAGGCCGCGUACAAUGGCCUUGUCUGCUUCCCCAGAAUCGAGGAACUGCGCCAGCUGCUCUUCUUCAACCCUGUCUUUUCGGCCGCGCAGCGAUCUAUCUGGGCGACCCUCUCGGUCGGAGGCUGCCUCUGCUUGGCGCAGAAGAAGAAUUUCAUUGUAAACUUGGCCGACACAAUACAGAAGAUGGAUAUAACCUCGAUCGACAUGACGUCCACGACUGCGGCGCUCAUAUCGCCUGCGCAGGUGCCUUCGCUGCGACGAAUGAUGCUCGGUGGCGAGCCCGCCAGUCCCUCAGUGGUUAAGACUUGGGGGCACAGAGUUCAGCUGUACUCAUCGUAUGGCUUGAGCGAGUGCACACAGCUCAACAUGCGACAAAGACUACUCUCGGAGGCCAGCUCGAGCUCGCGGGUCAUUGGGAUGCCGUAUGACACAACGAUGUCGUACAUCGUUGAACCCGGUACGAUGGAGCUGUCGCCGCUGCUUGUCCCCGGUGAGCUUUGUCUCGGUGGUGCACAACUCGCCAGCGGUUAUCUGAACUCGGAAGAACUGACAGCCAAGCGCUUUGUCACGAAUCCGUUUAGUCACGGGAAAUUAUACAGGACUGGAGACAUGGCUGUGCGACACGCCGACGGGGCGAUUGAGCUGAUUGGGCGCGUGGACUUCCAGGCCAAGAUCAACGGCCAGAGGGUAGACCCGGGGGAGCCAAACUUCUUUAUACAAAGGCACAAGUUUGUGAAACAUUCUUCUAUCGUGCCUUGCGUAAUCAACAACAAGACGGUUCUUGUUGCAGCAGUCGUGGUCGCGCAGGGUGAAACCGUCUGGUCCAGCACGGUGCGCGCUUUGCGCGCGUACCUUGCCGCUCAAGUGCCCGGCUACAUGAUGCCGAGCUUUUGGAUCCCCAUGGACAAAUUACCACUGAAUGCCAACGACAAGGUGGACUUGGGCGCCAUUCGAAACCUGGCGGAGGAGUCUGGACGUGCGGGGACUCUCGGGCCUGAUGCGGGCGCAGAGGGUGGUCAUGAUGCUGUCUUUAAUGCUACAGAGACUGUAAUCCGCGUUCUUUGGUCCGAAAUUCUGUCUGUGUCAUUGAACGCGGUGAAACUACAGAGUUCCUUAGUCUCACUUGGAGGCACCUCACUCGAGGCUAUCCAGGUGGUGUCGCGACUACAAUCACAGCACGGUCUUGUCCUCGCAGUGGAAGACAUGGUUCUCGAUCACAUCCUCGCUGAAAUUGCCAAGCUUGCCGCCACUGUCACGGCACCGGCAACAUCACAGGCUCCUGCGCCAUUCAGCCUGUUGAAGCACGCAACAUCUGCGGAGCUUCUAGGAAUGAAGGUCACCGAGGCAGAAGACGCCUUCCCCGUCACAGCGCUCCAGGAAGCCGUCAUAGCAAACACUAUCCUCGGCGGCACAGCUUACAUCUACAGCCGCUCGUACAGCUUCCAAGGACAUAGCGAGCAGGACGUGAUGCGGAGCCUACAGUUUCUAAUGGAGUCUCAGCCUCUUUUGCGUACUACGUUUGUUCCCAGCGGCACCUCCUUCGUUCAGGUCAUCAAAAAGACUGCGACUCUCCCGCUCACCACAUCAAAUCUCAACGUUGAAACAUACAUAAAAAAUGCGACGGCACAGGGCAUGCGCAUAGGGGACCUCUGGUGGCGGGUCGGCAUCCUCCCCGACCAUGUCCUUGUCAUCACCAGCCACCAUGCCCUGUUUGACUACUGGUCCAAUGAGUUCAUCCCACAGGAUCUGUCGUCUAUCAUUAGCGGACGAACUCCCGCGGCAAGAGGCCGAUUUAGCAGCUAUGUCAAGUAUUUACAGUCGAAAGAUGCCACAGUCACAAAAGACUUUUGGAAGAACUAUCUGGAGGGGAUUAGCCCUAAGUCCCUGCAUGAUCGCACGCACGCCGAAAAUAAAGUCACAGCGUCGCUUGCAGCGGACCUAAGAAAGACGGCAUCCAAACUCAAAACCACGCCCAGCAUCUUACUCUACGCCGCCUGGUCCGUUGUCCUUUCCGCCGUGCAUGCCACUAAUGACGUGGUGAUGGGCGUUACUCUCUCCGGCAGAGAUUCGCCUGUCCCAGGUAUCCUGGAAAUGGCCGGUCCAACACUCAUGAUUGCCCCGUUACGGGUGCAAGUCGACAGAACUAGCUCUUUUGGCGCGCACUGCGCCUACGUCCAGAAACAGCUGCUGGACGUCGCUGCCCAUGCGCAUGUUGGCCUUCGAACGAUUCUCAAAAUCAGCAGGCAGUCCAAUAGCCUGUUUGACUCGAUGGUGAACUUUCUCAUUAAGAUUUCGCCGGCCGAUCAAAACGACGGUCUGAAGGCACUACCGUUCAUGAGUCUCGGCGAGGUGGAACAUGCCAAGCUCGAGCUGAAUAACGAAACCUUGGACCGAAUUACACUUACUUCAACACUGGAAUCCGACUUUGCACAGUACUUAGCUGACUUUGUUGCCAAUGUGCUUCGCAAUGGUGGCGAGGCGCUAAACGCUCCUGUCAAGGAGCUGGUGUCGGUGUCGCUCCCAGCUGAAUCUGAGUUGCACAGUUCUGACGCAUCAAUCCUAGCUACACCAAGAUCCAUUAGCGAGAGGAAUGUGGCUCCAUCACUCACCUCGGACGAUGAGAAUAUGCUUGACGAGGCAUGGCCAUACAUGCCCUCCGACCUCGGCUUCUCUGCCUUCAUGCGCAUGGCAGCCUCGCACCCGUCACGCAUUGCCGUGCAAGACAUUUCUGGAGACGACAUCACUUAUGCCGGUCUCGCAAUCAGAGUCCACCAGCUCGCCGGUGUCCUCCCCUACCGCGGCGUCAAGCUCGAGCAGAUCGUUCCUGUACUGCUUGAAAAGUCCAUCAACACUAUCGUCGCAAUCUUCGGCAUCCUUGUCUCUGGUGGUGCUCUGCUGACUCUCGGCCCAGAAACCCCCAGAAGCCGCAACAUGGUUAUUAUUGAGGACUGCAAGGCUACGCAUGUCAUUACUGACCGCCUGAAUAAGAGUUUCUUUGACGGCCUCCCAUAUAGGGUUAUUGUCAUUGACGACAUUGACUGGAAUGGCUUGCCGAUUGAACGGCCAAUUACGCCGGGUCUGAGCCCAGACUCUCUUGCCUACGUCAUUUACACCUCUGGCAGUACCGGCAAGCCAAAGGGCACGCUCAUCACGCACGGGGCCCUGGCGGCGGCGACCGAAGGCAUUAUUGACAACACAAAUUUGAGGAACAACCGGUUUCGAAUCCUGUGGACCCUCAACUAUACAUUUGACGGCUCUUUCGACGGCCUCUUCUCUGCGCUGUCCAGCGGUUCAACUCUCUGCGUGGCCCAACAGAGCUCAAUCGUCGCGAACCUUGCCGACUUUGUUAACGAAAUGAAAGUCGAUCGGAUCAACAUCACACCGUCUAUGGGCACACUCUUUCAUCCGAACGACGUGCCACGCGUCAAGGUACUCAUGACAGGCGGCGAGCCCAUCACACCCCAUAUACUGAGUGUGUGGGCGCCUCGCGUUGUCGUGUAUAACGCCUACGGGCCGACCGAGGCCACAAUCUGCAUCAGCAUCAGCAUAAUGCUUCCCGGAAUGAACUUGCGCAACGUCGGUCGCAUUUUCAAAUCUGUGCAAGCCGUGAUCCUCGACGCUGACACAAUGGAGCCCGUAGCAGACGGCGAGAUUGGUGAGUUGUGCUUGUCUGGUCCCCAAUUGGCCCGCGGCUACCUCGAGCGGGCGGACGCCACGGCUAAGGCAUUCCGAUUUGUCGAUGGUGUGAGAACUUACCUGACCGGCGACUUGGCAAAAUUUCUUCCAAACGGUGAGAUUGAGCUCUACGGUCGCAAAGACGACCAGGUCAAGCUCAACGGGUACAGGAUCGAGCUGGGCGAGAUUGAGGUCUCGAUAGUGAAGAGUGGCGCUUUCGAGGCGUGUGUGGCUGUGAUUGCCACUAUCAUGAAAAAGAAGCAGAUUGUGGCAUUUUGCUCUCACGAGAAUGCAGAGACGGGAGAUAAUAUUUUGCUGCCAGUGGACAAGGCCAUUGAGGUUAGCCAGGUCACGGCGCGCCUUACGUCGCUGCCCAGGUACAUGGUUCCCACACUCUGGCUCCCCGUCGCGACGUGGCCACUCACACCAAACGGCAAGGUGGACAGGAAGCGCCUAAGCCAACUCGCCGAGGAGAUGCCAGUAGAGGCCGUGAAGAAAUACUUACCGCGCGAGGAAAAGACUACUGUGGCGACUGAGCAGGAGCUUGCUCUGCAAUUGAUCUGGGCGAACCUAUUUGAGGUUGCGACGCAGGAUAUUCAUGGCGGAACCACUUUCCAUAGUCUAGGCGGUGACUCCAUAUCUGCUCUCAAUCUCGCUGGCGUGCUUCGCAAGGCAGGCUAUGAUAUCAAGGUCAACGACUUGAUUUCUGCACAGACGCUCCAAGGCCAGGCCAAUCUUCUGUCUGAGGAGCGCAGGAUCAUAGACAAGAUGGACGCAGUUGAUCAAUUGCCUGUGUACAUACCAGCGCCAGAGAUUUACACGCGUCUCCAGGAUCUGGCUAUUACGGAUGACGAGAUUGAGGAAAUUUACCCCUGCAGCCCUGGCCAAGUGGAAUUUCUCACGCAAGGCAACAAGCAGGAGCAAUUCUGGCAGUUGUUGACCCUGCGAGAACUUCCAGCUGAUGUGAACUUUUACCGCUGGAUCGAACUGACUACGAUGCUCACAGCGCGGAACCAGAUUCUGCGCGCUGUGUACAUCUGCGGGGAGGAAGGUAACACGGCGACAGCGGUGCAGGUAAUUCUCAAGCGGCCAGCGUUGAACCUGCGCUAUCAGUCUUACUCCACAGACGACGAAAUGAAAGCCAUCGUUGACGCAGAGUGGGCUCUUCGCUUCGACCCGAGCAAAGCGUUUGUGCGGUACACAUUGCUCACACACACGGUCACUGGCAGGCGAGACAUCAUCAUCAAGCUGGACCACGCAUCUUACGACGGCACGCUUCUUCACAUUUUUGACGAUCAGUUCAAGACCUUGAACCAAGGGCAUGCUUGCGCCCCCAGCACCGAGUUUCGGGAAUUUAUCAACCACAUACGGGCGACGCCCAAGCAACCGCAGCUGCAAUACUGGACCGACCUGCUGAGGGGCAAGACAUUCCAUUACCCCGUUCAGGCGAGGAAUCCUAGGGUGUACCAGUGGCAGGUCUCCAAAAUAAGCCUGGAAGCCGGCAUCGACGACACCGCGCAAGCUGCCGGCGUGACGGCGCCGAUUGUCUUUCAGACAGGGUACAGCCUACUGCUAGCGCACCUGAGUGGCUCACAACACGUUGUGUACGACAAUUUGGUUACGGGGCGCAACGUGCCUCUGGACAACCCGCAGCUGAUCAACGGCAAUUGCGCCAACUUUUUGCCGUUCCUGUGCAGCGUUGACAACACCAAGCCAAUGAGGGUGCUGCUCCAAGAAACGCAGGCGUCAUUCUGGCAGUCUACCGAGAACGGGCUUGUGUCUCUCGGCGAGAUUUACGAUGCUCUAGGCGAGGAUCGGAACACAGCGGCGGCAAAAUGUCUGUUUUGCUUCCAGCCAUUUGAGCCGGCCGACGCAGCGGACAAGCGCGACCACAUGCGUUGGAUUGUCAUGAAGAUGAGCCACAACACAAUGUCGUUCAACUACGCCAUCCAGCUGGAGGUUGGCAAAGGGGCGAUUGCGGGUGAGUAUGUUGUCAGGCUUGGGUUCGAUGAGCGGGUGUUUACGACGAAGGAGGCGAGGGCUGCGCUGGGGUGGUAUGAGGAGUGUCUGAGAGGAAUGUUGGCGAAGAUGUAG